GCGUGGAAGUCACUAGAAUCUGUCGCGUGCGUAUGCGCAGACGGAGAGGAAGCCGAGACGGGAGAGGAAACGAUUGGAGGACACGUGGAGUAAAACGCCAAGAGCAGCCAAGAGGUCCAUCGAUACUUUGCCUUGGAUAUUUCGCGAGUUGCAGCGUUCAGCAAAAAAAAAGAAAAAAAAAGAGCAGCUUCGCAAUUGAUAGAGCACACACAUUUAUUCCGCAAAUCUCACGAGCACGAAUGUGCGGAGUAACCUUACAUUCGACAAACGAUUCGCGAUAUUUCACAAGAAGUUCGGCAGCGUCAAGUCUCGGCCAUGGUGUCACGGUACAUCGAGCAUCCGCUGCGAGGCACAACAAAGCAGGACGAUCGGUAGGGUACUUCUGGGCGCUAUUCAACUCUACUCGGAGCGUCCCUUUUGACCAACGAAAGAACGCCAGAAAACACCAUAGAUCCGCGGCUCGUCCGUCCGUAACCUUACUCGCGGGAGAACGGAGCGAAUGGGCGCGCGCGGGUGUACACACCUGCCGGUGUCCCGUCCCCACUCCCAAAAAAGCAACAGGCAACAGGUAAGAAAGGUUCACGAGUAUACCAGGCAGAUAACCAAA